CUGUCGAUUUGGCGCCUGGAGCAACACCAGUAUACACUCUUCCGCGAUUUUUACUUGUCCAUCCUACAAUCGUCGACCAUUGCAACAACUCUGCAAGGUCUAUCACGCUCCAUCAUGUCGACCACCUCUACCACCCCGGAGGCUAACGCCCAAUACCCAAUGAUCAAAAUGUAUACCAACCACGGCUGCGGCUGGUGCCACCGCGUCCACAUCACUCUGAAAGAGCUCGGUCUUCCAUUCGAAGAAGUCUUCGUUGACCUGGACAACCCACGACCAGAAUGGUUCUUGCAGCUCAAUCCCCGCGGCCUCGUCCCCGUCUUCCAAUACACCCCGAAACCCUCUUCACCCACCAUAACCCUUACCGAAUCUGCCGCCAUCGUCUCCUUCCUCACCGACCUCUACCCAUCCCACCUCCUCCCCUCCAUCACACCCCUGGGGACAUCGCCACCCUCCUCAGGGGCCACAUCCGCAGCACACCUCAAAUACCGCAUGACCUUCUUCACAGACACAUACUUCACCAAGAUCAAUCCCCUGAUGUUCAAACUCGUCGGCGCCGACCAAGGCGCCCCACAAUCCAAAAUUGUCGACGACAUAAUCACCCUUCUCGAGACAGAAAUCGACCCCCUUCUCGUCGAUGCAGCGCCAUUCUUCGGCGGGAGCCAGAAGAUUACAGUUGUCGAGGCAAUGACCACCCCAUUCACCGUUCGCCUCUACGACUUCUCCAACGACGAGAUCUUUCCCGCCAGCCUUGCAGAGCGCAUGACCGGUCCCACACUACCCAACUUCUCACGCUGGGUGAAGCUGUGCAUGGAACAUCCCAGCCUCACAGAGCCCUGGGACAAGGAGUACUACGUGCCACGGAUCAUCGAGCGUCUGCCGCUGGCGAAGAAGAAGUAUGCUGCGCACUGAUAGGUAUCAGCUUGAGUAGAGGGAGGACCAUCUCAAUCUUACUGACGAUUUGACUACUAUAAGCACAAGAGUCAUAUAAAUAGAAGAAAUCAGUAACACCAUAUCUUCUACUUAGAUCCCCAGUCCUGACUGAGGUGCUUACCUAGGUAUCGUUCCCCUUCACUUACUGUUUGGGGAUGCCUUGAAAUCGUACUGUACCUCCCAUAUGCUCAUUAUUUGACUCUGCGCUUACAACCAGCCAAUACCACAGCUAGCAAGGACGUGUUAACGAACAGA